AUGAGGCUAGAGCGGUCCUUGCCCCUCCUGGGACUCCUGCUCUGCGGGGUUGGCACUGCAGCUCAGCAGGAUGACUCAGAAGCAGAGGAGGCUUCCAACAACGAAUUCCUGGUUGAGAUUUCUGGAACCACAGUGACAAUCACAUGUCCCUUGACUGAAGGCAGCAUAGCCUGGGAGUUAGCUGGGGCCUCAGUGCCCACCACCGAGAGGAAGCACGUUAUAGAGAACCACGACAGCUCUCCCAUCAACGUGAGCUGUUCGUCCAGUGACAAGAAGCACGAAAUGUACCUGAAUGCCAGAGUGUGCGCAAACUGCGAGGAGCUGGAUGCCUUGGCAGUGACAGGGAUCAUCACUGCGGACCUUCUCAUCACCCUUGGGGUGCUGAUCCUGGUCUACUACUUCAGCAAAGACAGGAAGGGGAGAUCGAGCGCUGGUGCUGGCAGUCGGCCACGAGGUCAGAAGGUGCAGCGUCCUCCUCCUGUUCCAAACCCGGACUAUGAGCCCAUCCGGAAAGGCCAGCGGGAGGUGUAUGCAGGCCUGGAAUCGAGGGGCUUCUGA